AUGGGAUCUUGCACGGAGGAGUGGGAUCUUGCAAUGAAGAAUGACAUACCAAGCAUGCUCGGUUCCAUGUGUGGCCAUGCAGCCGCAGCAAGAGUUGAAGAUACUGAUCUGGCAAAGCGAUGGAGCUCGGGCAAGGCAGAAACGACAAAGCGCGAGACAUCGGGCCUGCUUAACUACCUAAUUCCGUUCUAUCUGUGUCCCGUGCUCUACCCUGGCACCAAGGAAAGCAAGUGCUUCUACUGCGUCCUGCUGAUGAUGUCCUGGUGGCAACUGCGUGCCAUGCCCAAGCCAGUCCUGGCCUUCCUGCCGGCCAUCGCGUUGCCCCUGUUCGGCAUCAUGGGUCACGAACAAGUGGCCACCAACUAUUUAUCGGUGGACGUUCUGACGGCCCUGCUCCUGCUCUGGCUGGUGCUGGUGAGCGACGAGGUGCCGACCGUUGGUCGGCUCAGCUACGCGCUCGUGAGCCGCUUCGGCAGCCGCGCCGGUCCCGUGCUCGUGCUGCUGACGGCCCUGACGUUCGUGGCGUCGCUGGUGUUGCCGCAAAGCCUGGUGGCCGUGUUCGUCACGUGCCUCGUGGAACGCCUUUGCAACUUCGUGCGCGAGGAAGGCCUACAGGACGCGCAGCGCUGCUUGGACCGCGCCGUCGCCGACGACACCGUGGGCCACCCGUGCGAUGUGGACACCAUGAUGUUGUACGAGGAGCUGGCUGUGGCCCUAUGGAAACGUCACAAGGUGGGCUUCGACGACCACGACUCAAUCGAGUGCUGGGACAUCGACAGGCGCGGCAACGAAAGCCCCGAGCAGAAGUCGCGCUACUACAGUCGCAAACCUCUGAACUAA